GACAAAUGAUUUCCGACCGACCACCUUUCAACAAAAACAAAAAUACAACCCUUUGUUCUGUGAUAAAAAUAAGCCAAAAAUGUGCGUGUAAUUGCACUGUGAUAUUACUUAUCCUGUCUACUUUGUUAGUUUUUAAUAUCUCGUUUUAAUUCACGCAUAUUAUUUGUGCUUGAAUUCUGUACUUCUUACAAUAAAUUGUAAAAUGGGUUUAAGAGUUUUGGUUCUCAUUUUUUCUUUAAGUCUCUUAGUGGCUGGAUACAAACCAACUGUUUUAUUGCAUGGGAUACUCACAGGGAGUGAAUGUAUGACGUUAAUAAAAGAUCGAAUACAAGAGAAACACCCAGGAACUGUUGUUUAUAAUAUUGAUCGAUUUGGAGGCUGGUCAAGUUUAGAUAGCAUGUGGUACCAGAUUCAGCAGUUGAAAAUGGAUAUAUUAAAUAUUAGUCAAAGUCAUCCGGAGGGUUUUAACUUUCUCGGAUACUCCCAAGGAGGUUUACUAGGACGUGCGCUAAUACAGGAUUUACCUGAUCAUAAUGUACAUAAUUUUAUAUCCUUGAGCAGCCCACAAGCAGGACAGUACGGAACCGAAUUUCUGCACAUAAUUUUUCCAAACCUAGCUUUAAAAACUGCAUAUGAACUAUUUUAUUCACGAGUUGGUCAGCAUACUUCGGUUGGAAAUUAUUGGAACGAUCCCCACCACCAAAGUUUGUACUAUUCGUAUAGUGAUUUUUUACCGUACAUCAACAACGAAAUAGGUUCAAACAAGAGCGAGCAAUUUAAAGCUGCUAUUUUAAAACUAAACAAGUUAGUAUUAAUUGGUGGUCCAGAUGAUAAUGUUAUUACUCCUUGGCAAUCUAGUCAAUUUGGUUACUUUAAUUUAAAUGAAACUGUCGUUAAGUUAGUGGAUCGGGAUAUCUACAUUGAAGACACGAUUGGUCUAAGAACACUUGAUAAAAAAGGGAAGUUAAUUCUGAUUACUGUACCGGGAAUUGAUCAUUACAUGUGGCAUAUUAAUGAAACUAUUGUUGAUCAGUACAUUUUACCUUAUUUAGAUUGAAUACCGACUGAUUUAGAUCAGCUAUAGCAAGGAGGUGGAACGAUAAGAAGGUGCAAGCUUUGUUCCUUAUAAAAGGUGUGUUCAUACAUAUAUUUAAGGAGUGUGCAAUAUCAGUUUUCAAUUUCCCUUUCUGCUGUCUCCUUUUUAGUUAUGUAGGUCCAAGUGACUGUAACUACUUUCAUUUCACUUGUGAUCGGACAAAUUCCCUGUAAAAUGGAAAAUUUGUCCCAUAGGUAUUCUGGCACCACUAGAGCGUUAUGCACCUCGUGCGUAGGUACACCAUACUGUUGAAGCCGACAGAGUUUCUCCAACUUUUUUUUGUGCCAUACAUCGUUGUAUUCAUAAUAAAAAAUGCUACUUAAUACAAUAUGUACGUUUUUUACGGGUCUUAUAAAAAAAUAAAGUUGACGGUGAUUUCUCCGAAAUGAAACAUUGUAUUAAAAAUUUCUCAACGCUGUUCUGUAUCUGCUUAAAUACUUAACAUAAAAAAAAAAAACAAAAUCUGCAAAUUUCGGUUUUUCUGGCAUAUCUUCGGAAGUUAUCGGAAUGUUGUGGUUUCCUUUAAAGCAUGAUAAUAAGUAGCGUUGAAGUUCUUAGACUUUUUUACUUUAUAUUCGUAAAAGUUUCCAAAAAAUAGACUAUGUAUUUUUCACAGUAAAUGUCAAAGACACAGUCUAUUUUACGAGUCACAAUUACCGAUUCAAU